GAGCGUUCUUCUCUUCACGGGCGCUGGGGCCGCCAUCUUAGAUGGCGGGAGUCACAGGAGAGCGAGCUUGAGGCGGCGGGAAGGCUUCCGUGCCGCCCUCCCCGGGGCCUUCCCCUCCCCUCCUCCCUCCCUCCUUCCCUCCUCCCCCACCCCCAGCCAGGACGGGCCCAGCUGGCCGGGCUUUGGGGCGUGUGCCCUGGGGCGCGGAGCUCUAGUGCAGCGAUGCGGGGUCUCCCUGAGGCCCGGUCCCCUGGGCUGGGGACGCGCCGAAUGUGACCGCCUCCGCUUCCCUCGCGGAGUCGACGCCGUUCGCAGCACGACGGGACGCGGAGGCCGCCCGGCGCCCUCAGGUUUAUUGUUUAAACUGCAUCAAUGGAGCACAUACAGGGAGCUUGGAAGACGAUCAGCAAUGGUUUUGGGCUCAAAGACACGGUGUUUGAUGGUUCCAGCUGCAUCUCCCCAACAAUUGUUCAGCAGUUUGGUUACCAGCGCCGGGCCUCAGAUGAUGGCAAACUCACAGAUUCCUCCAAGACAAACAACACUAUUCGUGUUUUCUUGCCAAAUAAGCAGAGAACGGUGGUCAAUGUGCGGAAUGGAAUGAGCUUGCAUGACUGCCUUAUGAAAGCUCUCAAAGUGAGGGGCCUACAACCAGAGUGCUGUGCAGUGUUCAGACUUCUUCAUGAACAUAAAGGUAAAAAAGCACGCUUAGAUUGGAAUACUGAUGCUGCCUCUUUGAUUGGAGAAGAACUACAAGUAGAUUUCCUGGAUCAUGUUCCUCUUACAACUCAUAAUUUUGCUCGGAAAACGUUCCUGAAGCUUGCUUUCUGUGACAUCUGUCAGAAAUUCCUACUAAAUGGAUUUCGAUGUCAAACUUGUGGCUACAAAUUCCAUGAGCACUGUAGUACCAAAGUUCCUACUAUGUGUGUGGACUGGAGUAAUAUCAGACAACUCUUGUUGUUUCCAAAUUCCACUAUUGGUGAUAGUGGGGUACCAGCACUACCUUCUUUGACAAUGCGUCGGAUGCGAGAGUCUGUUUCCCGGAUGCCUGCUAGCUCCCAGCACAGAUACUCCACACCUCAUGCCUUCACUUUCAACACCUCCAGCCCUUCCUCUGAAGGCUCCCUCUCCCAGAGGCAGAGGUCAACAUCCACACCUAAUGUUCACAUGGUCAGCACCACCCUGCCUGUGGACAGCAGGAUGAUUGAGAAUAACAGCCUGAAUGCUUCUCCCAGGGCGUGGUCCAGACGAUUUUGUUUGAGGGGAAGAGAUGCAAUUCGAAGUCACAGCGAAUCAGCCUCACCUUCAGCCCUGUCCAGCAGCCCUAAUAACCUGAGUCCAACAGGCUGGUCACAACCCAAAACCCCUGUGCCAGCACAAAGAGAGCGGGCGCCAGGAACUGGGACCCAGGAGAAGAACAAAAUUAGGCCUCGUGGACAGAGAGAUUCCAGCUAUUACUGGGAAAUCGAAGCCAGUGAAGUGAUGCUCUCCACUCGGAUUGGGUCAGGCUCUUUUGGCACUGUUUAUAAGGGCAAGUGGCACGGAGAUGUUGCAGUAAAGAUCCUAAAGGUUGUUGACCCAACCCCAGAGCAGUUUCAGGCCUUCAGGAAUGAGGUUGCUGUCCUGCGCAAAACACGACAUGUAAACAUCCUGCUGUUCAUGGGGUACAUGACGAAGGACAACUUGGCGAUUGUGACCCAGUGGUGUGAGGGCAGCAGUCUCUACAAACACUUACAUGUCCAGGAGACCAAAUUCCAGAUGUUCCAGUUAAUUGACAUUGCCCGGCAGACAGCUCAGGGAAUGGACUAUUUGCAUGCAAAGAAUAUCAUCCACAGGGACAUGAAAUCCAACAACAUAUUUCUCCACGAAGGCUUAACGGUGAAAAUUGGAGAUUUUGGUUUGGCAACAGUGAAGUCCCGCUGGAGUGGUUCUCAGCAGGUUGAACAGCCCACUGGCUCUGUACUGUGGAUGGCCCCAGAGGUGAUCCGAAUGCAAGAUGAUAAUCCAUUCAGCUUCCAGUCGGAUGUCUACUCCUAUGGCAUUGUGCUAUAUGAGCUAAUGACAGGGGAGCUUCCCUACUCCCACAUCAAUAACCGUGAUCAGAUCAUCUUCAUGGUAGGUCGUGGGUAUGCCUCCCCAGAUCUUAGCAGGCUGUACAAAAACUGCCCGAAAGCAAUGAAGAGGUUGGUGGCUGACUGUGUGAAGAAAGUGAAAGAAGAAAGACCUCUCUUUCCCCAGAUACUGUCUUCCAUUGAGCUUCUCCAACAUUCUCUGCCGAAAAUCAACCGGAGCGCCUCUGAGCCAUCUCUGCAUCGGGCAGCACACACUGAAGACAUCAAUGCUUGCACACUGACCACAUCCCCUAGGCUGCCGGUCUUCUAGCUGAUGUGAUUCCUGUGCUCAGACCACUGGCAGAGGAAAGCGUCAGCAGGCACCACUUUUCUGUUCCCUUUGGGGUUAGAAUGCAUGUUUUCAGAGAAGCUGCUGCUAAGGACCUUCUAGACUACUCACGGGGCCUUAACUUCAUGUUGCCUUCUUUUCUACCCCUCCUGGUCCUGGAGAAAGAAGCCAUCCACUAAUGCUAGCCUGGUCUGCUCCAGAGCCUAGCCUACUCCAGAUGCUUAUAAGUUGGGCCUCAGCUGAGUAUUUUUAGGGCAAGAAAAAGGCCUUGGAGGGAAGUAAAGGUAGCUGGCCGUCCAGCCCUGAUAUAGGGACCCAUGGAAGUGAGCUUCUUUGAGGCAUACCGAUUGCAGGAGGGACUGCUCCUCAGAGAUGGUGGUGCUGCGCCAGUUUUGCACACAAUGCACCAAACAGCCCAGGACUGCCGAGAUCCCGGUCACCUGGAGGAGCCUGCUUUGGUACUAUGGAACUUGACUUUGGGGACACUGCCUCUGAAGUGUCCAGUGUGGGAAGGUUUUCCAAGUGAGGCGCUUCACCCUCCUGGAGUACCCCCCCAAAAAAAUGCUGAAUUUGUCUUCCAGGAGCUGCCCCUAUGGGGCGGGCCACAGGGCCAGCCCUGUCUUUAGUCACAUCCUUGUGUCUGUAAGAAAGCCAGAAAUACAGGUUUUCUUAAUGAU